GCGGCGGCGGCGCGGAGCGGAGCGGGACGGAGCGGGACGGAGCGGAGCGGGGCGAUGGGGCCGCCGGUGCCCGCCGCGCUGGGCGCCCUGCUGCUGCUCGGGGCCCUCGGAGUGACCCACGGUGCCAGGGGUCUGGCCGAGACCACGUUCCCUGAGGACACGGUGGCCGACCGCGUUGGGGCGCGCGGGGGGCGGCGGUACUACGCCCAGCUCUCCGAUGACGAGGACCUGCUGGCAGAUGAGGCGUCCGGGGAUGGCAGUGGGGAGUACGGCAGCGGUGACAUCCAGCUGGUGGCCGGGAGCCCCUCGGUGCCUGGCGUUGGGCUGGCACCCACCGUUUAUUUCCGGGCGCUGGUGAACUUCACCCACAGCAUCGACUACAGCCCCCGGCUGGAGGAUGCCAAUUCAGACGAGUUUCGGGAGGUCUCAGAGGCCGUGGUGGAUACUCUGGAGUCAGAGUAUUACAAGAUCCCUGGGGACCAAAUGGUCAACGUGGUGUUCAUCAAGGAGCUGGAGGGCAGCGUCUUCGUGGAGCUGGAUGUGGGCUCAGAGGGCAACGGGGACGAGGCGCAGAUCAGGGCCGUGCUGCAGGACGUGGUGGCUGCUGGCUCCAUCGCCUCCUUCGUCACCUCGCCCGUCGGCUUCCAGUUCCGACGCCUGGGGGCCGUGACCCCUCAUCUGCGCCCCUGCACUGCCCUGGAGUUCUCCUGCGGCAGUGGCGAGUGCAUUGCCCAGGAGUACCGCUGCGACCGCCGCCCCGACUGCCGCGACGCUUCGGAUGAGCAGGGCUGCGGCGAGCCCCCCCCAGCCACCUCUCCGGCGCGCCCCGUGCCCCCAGCACAGGCCCGGCCCGCCACCACCCGCCCGCUGGUCACCAUCCCUGCCACCACCCGCCGCCCCCUGCCACCCAAAGCUGGGUGCCGGCCAGCCGAGGCCACCUGCUGCCGAGGCGGCUGCGUGCCCCGUGACUACCUCUGCGAUGGCGAGCGCGACUGCGCCGAUGGCAGCGACGAGGAGGACUGCGGCACCCCGUCGCCCUGCGAGCCCAAUGAGUUCAAGUGCCGCAAUGGGCACUGCGCCCUGAAGCUGUGGCGCUGCGAUGGGGACAACGACUGCGGGGACGGCUCAGAUGAGACCGACUGCCCCACCAAGGCGCCCGGUGCGGCGUGUGGGCCAGACCAGUUCAGCUGCGUAGCCAGCGGGACCUGCAUCCCCGCCAGCUACCACUGCGACGAGGAGCCCGAUUGCCCCGACCGCUCCGACGAGGUUGGCUGCAUGCCGCCGCAGGUGGUGACGCCGCCGCAGGAGUCGGUGCAGGCGGUGCCGGGGCAGACGGUGAGCUUCACCUGCGCCGCCACCGGCGUGCCCACCCCCAUCAUCACCUGGCGCCUCAACUGGGGGAACAUCCCCCCCAGCCGCAGGGUGUCCAUCGUGAGCGAGGGCGGGCAGGGCACACUGACUAUCCGGGACGUGAAGGAGGCUGACCAGGGCGCCUACACUUGUGAGGCCAUCAACACCCGCGGCAUGGUCUUCGGCAUCCCCGACAGUGUCCUCACUGUCACCCCCCGCCCCGGUCCCUGCCCCGAGGGCCACUUCCAGGUGACGGGCACAUCCCGCUGCCUGCCCUGCUUCUGCUUCGGUGUCACCACCGCCUGCCGUGCCACCGCCCGCCACCGCCACCGCCUGCAUCUGCGCUUCGACCGCCCUGAUGACUUCAAGGGUGUCAAUGUGACGGUGCCAUCAACUCCGUCCCUGCCGGCGCUCUCAGCCACCCAGCUGCAUGUGGAUGUGGCCACUGAGGAGUUCCAGCUCCUGGACCUGUCCCGGCGCUUCCUGGCUCUCGAUGCUUUCUGGGCGCUGCCGGCCCCCUUCCUGGGUGACAAGGUGGACGCCUACGGUGGGGCACUGAGCUACAGCGUGCGCUACCGGCUGGGCCGGGGGCCCCCUGAGCCAGCCCCCCGCCCCGACGUGCUGCUGCGGGGCCGGGGCCGCCAGCUCCAGGCGCGUGCUGGGGACACCCAGCCUGACAUCCUCAACCAGCGCCGCAUCCCCUUCACCGAGGACAACUGGGAGGACGAGACAGGCGCUCCGGUGAGCCGGGAGCUGCUGCUGAUGGUGUUGCAGGAACUGGAGGGCAUCUUGGUGCGGGCGGUGUAUGAUGGGCGCAUGGCCAGCGUGGGGCUCAGCGACGUGGCCAUGGAUAUCACCAGUCCUGGGGACACCGGCCUGGCACCUGCCGGGGAUGUUGAGGAGUGCAGGUGCCCCGUGGGCUACACGGGGCUGUCGUGCCAGCGGUGUGCCGCCAAUUUCGAGCGGGUGCCGCAGGGACCCUACCUUGGGACCUGCUCGGGCUGCAGCUGCCAUGGCCACUCCAGCACCUGCGACCAGGUCUUUGGGCACUGCCUGAACUGCCAGCACAACACGGAGGGUCCCCAGUGCGAGAAGUGCAAACCUGGCUUCUUCGGCGAUGCCACGCAGGGCACGGCCACCGCCUGCCGCCCCUGCCCCUGCCCCUACACUGAGCCAUCCCGCAGGUUCUCUGAGUCGUGCUUCCUGGACACAGAUGGCCAGGCCACCUGCGACGCCUGCGCCCCCGGCUAUGCUGGCCGCCGCUGCGAGAGGUGCGCCCCAGGCUAUGAGGGAGACCCCAUCCAGCCAGGCGGCAAGUGCACCCGCAUCGGCCAGGAGCUCAUCAAGUGUGAUACACGUGGAGGCAAGGACGCGGUGGGCGGCACGUGCCGCUGCAAGCCCAACGUGACGGGGCGGCAGUGCGAUGAGUGCGCGGCCGGGACCUUCCACCUGAGCGAUGCCAACCCCGACGGCUGCCUCAAGUGCUUCUGCAUGGGCGUCUCGCGGCAGUGCGCCAGCUCCUCCUGGAGCCGUGACCAGGUCCGUGUCACUGCUGAGGAGGUGUCGCCACUGCACCUGACCAACCUGGCAGGCACGGGGACGAUGAUCAAGGGCUCACGCUUCGCUGCCCCACGGGAGCUCGUCUUCUCCGACUUCUACACACUGCCCCGUGACGUCUACUUCUGGGUUCUGCCCACGUCCUUCACCGGAGACAAGGUGACAUCGUACGGGGGCGAGCUGCAGUACACGGUGACGCACCACGCGCCAGCAGAUGCCCAGCCACUGCAGCGGCAGCCCGACGUCCUGCUGCAAGGCAACGGCAUCUUCCUGGAGCACUUCUCUGAUGCCACCCCUGUGCCCGGUGUCCCCACCACUGUCACCGUGCCCUUCCGCGAGCACGCUUGGCGCCGGGCAGAUGGGCGCGAAGCCACCCGGGAGCACCUCCUGAUGGCCCUGGCCGACAUCGAUGUCCUCAUGAUCCGCGCAUCCUACACAGACCAGCCGAUGGAGAGCAGGCUCGCUGAUGUCCGCCUGGACGUGGCCGUGCCCCAUGCCACCGGCCGGGCACCGGCGCUGGAGGUGGAGGACUGUGCCUGCCCCCCCGGCUACCGCGGCCCCUCCUGCCAGGACUGCGACGUGGGCUACACCCGCAGCACCAGCGGGCUCUACCUGGGCACCUGUGAGCGCUGCCAGUGCCAUGGGCACGCCGACGAGUGCCAUCCUGAGACGGGCGAGUGCCAGGGCUGCCGGGACCACACGGAGGGCACGCAGUGUGACAAGUGCCAGCCUGGCUACUACGGCGAUGCCACCCGUGGCACCCCGGGAGACUGCCGGCCCUGCCCCUGCCACGGGCCCCACACUGACACCCAGAGCUGCUUUGAGGACACAGACGGGCAGCCCACGUGCAGUGCCUGCGCCCCGGGACACAGUGGGCGCCUCUGCGAGAGGUGCUCACCUGGCUACGUGGGGGACCCGCUGCGGGGAGAGCCAUGCCAAGAGCCAGGGGCCACCGGUGACCAGUGCCAGUGCGACCAGCAGGGCAGCAUUGGUGAGCGCUGCGAUGCCAGCGGGUUGUGCCAGUGCAAGGCCAACGUGGAGGGUCCCCGCUGUGCCACCUGCCGCCCCCACCACUUCCACCUGAGCGCCGAAAACCCGGCAGGCUGCCUGCCCUGCUUCUGCAUGGGCAUCGUCCAGCACUGUGCCAGCACCUCCUACUCCCGCGACACAGUCCGGACGCCCUUCGGCCCCGGGAGCUGGCAGGGCUUCGCGCUGGUGAACCGGCAGCGCAGCACCCGCGUGGCCACCGGCUUCAGCGUGGAGAUGGGCGCCGCGGGGCCCCGGCUCACCUACGGGCGCUUCGGGGAGCUGUCCCCUGAGUCCUACUACUGGCAGCUGCCCCAACCCUACCAGGGGGACAAGGUGGGCUCCUACGGCGGGCGGCUCCGCUACACCCUCAGCUACAGCCCAGGGGGCCGGGGGGCCCCCCUGCCUGAUGCCGACAUCCAGAUCACGGGCAACGACAUCACGCUGGUGGCAUACCAGCCUGACCUGCCCCCCGGCACACCGCACGACUUCGAGAUCGUUUUUCGGGAGCAAUACUGGCAGCGGCCGGAUGGGCAGCCGGCCACACGGGAGCAUCUCCUGAUGGCGCUGGCCGACCUGGACGAGAUCCUGAUCCGUGCCACCUACUCCACCAGCACGGCCGCGUCCAGCAUUGCCGGUGUCAGCAUGGACGUGGCCGUGCCCCCCCGGCCUGGCCUCCCCCCGGCACUGGAGGUGGAGGAGUGCCGCUGCCCCCCCGGCUACCGUGGCCUCUCCUGCCAGGACUGUGCCCCCGGCUACACACGUACCGGGGGGGGGCUGUACCUGGGGCACUGCGAGCUCUGCGAGUGCAACGGCCACUCGGAGACCUGCCACCCCGAGAGUGGCCUCUGCUCUGGCUGCUUGCACAACACGGCAGGGGACUUCUGUGACCAGUGUGCGCCCGGCUUCUAUGGGGACGCCACUGCCGGCACCCCUGAGGACUGCCAGCCCUGCGCCUGCCCUCUCGUGCACCCCGAAAACCAGUUCUCGCGGACCUGUGAGAGUUUGGGAGGCGGUGGGUACCGCUGCACCGCCUGCGCGCCGGGCUACGCCGGGCAGUACUGCGAGCGGUGUGCUCCUGGCUACGUGGGGGACCCCAGCGUGCGGGGCCAGACGUGCGUGCCGCAGGGCUCGUCGCCCCCCCUCGCUGUCCGCGUGCACCCACCGCGCACGGCGGUGCCGCAGGGCAGCCCGGUGACGCUGCGCUGCCAGGCCAGUGGGGACCCCCCCUUCUACUACCACUGGUCACGGGAGGAUGGGCGGCCCCUGCCCAGCAGCGCCCAGAGCCGGCAGCAAGGUGAGGAGCUGCACUUCGCCAGCAUCCAGCCCGCCGAGGCUGGCGUCUAUGUCUGUUCCUGCCGCAACCUGCAGCACAGCAACGCCAGCCGGGCCGAGGUCAUCGUCACCGAGACACCCACCAAGCCCAUCACCGUCACCGUGGAGGAGAAGAGGGUGCAGCGGGUGAAACCCGGGGCUGAUGUCACCUUCAUCUGCACGGCCAAGAGCAAGUCACCUGCCUACACCCUAGUGUGGACGCGCCAGAACCACGGGACGCUGCCGUCGCGCGCCAUGGACUUCAACGGCAUCCUGACCAUCCGCAACGUGCAGCCCGAGGACGCCGGCGUCUACGUCUGCACCGGCUCCAACAUGCUGGACAUGGACGAGGGCACGGCCACGCUCUACGUCCAGGCCCCUUCGAAGACCCAGAUGUUUUAUGGACCCGUUGAGUUCAUGGAGGGGCACAGACCCGCUGCCACCGCCACCGCUCCCACCGCCACCGUGGAGCCGGCGCAGCUGAGUGUGGCACCGGGGCAGCCGGCCGAGUUCCACUGCGUGGCCACUGGCAGCCCCACGCCCACUGUUGAGUGGCUCGGCGCGCUGCCACCACAGGCGGUCGCCCACGGCGGGACGCUGCGGUUCAGCGCCGUCGAGCCGUCUGACCAGGGGCACUACAUGUGCCGCGCGCGCAGCAGCGCCGGCCAGCACACGGCGCGGGGUUACCUCCAUGUGCAAGGCGCCGGUGAGCCCCAGGUGCAGGUGAGCCCGGAGCGGACGGAGGUGCAGGAGGGCUCCACGGUGCGGCUGUACUGCCGGGUGUCGGGGUCACCCACUGCCACCAUCUCCUGGGAGAAGCAGGGGGGCUCCCUGCCACCACAGUCCCGCUCUGAGCGCACGGACAUCGCCACGCUGCUCAUCCCCUCCAUCACGGUGGCUGAUGGUGGCAUCUACCUCUGCGUGGGCACCAGCGCCGCUGGCACAGCCCGCGCCAGCAUCGAGGUGGUGGUGGUGCCAGGGGCCGCGCCACCUGUCCGCAUCGAGUCCUCGUCCCCCUCUGUCACCGAGGGACAGACCCUGGACCUCGACUGCGUGGUGGCAGGAUCUGGCCACGUCACUGUCACCUGGUACAAGCGCGGCGGCUCCCUGCCCGCCGGCCACCAGGUGUCGGGGUCCCGUCUUCGCGUCCCCCACAUCACAGCAGCUGAUUCGGGCGAGUACGUGUGCCGGGUGAACUCGGGAGCCACUGUCCGGGAGGCGUCUGUCAUCGUCACCGUCGUGUCCAGCUCCGGGCUGUCCUAUGGGCCACCAGGCUCGGGUGGCACAGCUCCCGUCAGGAUCGAGGCGUCCUCCUCCACCGUGGCUGAGGGACAGACCCUGGACCUCAACUGUGUCAUUGCCAGCCCUGUGCAGGCCACUGUCACCUGGUACAAGCGCGGCGGGUCCCUGCCGGCCAGGCACCAGGUGUCCGGCUCCCGGCUGCGGCUGCUGCAGGUGACAGCAGCCGACUCGGGCGAGUACGUGUGCCGGGUGAGCAGCGGGGCCACCACCAAGGAAGCCACCGUCAUGGUGACGAUCCAGCCCAGCACAGCCGGCUCCUACCCCCCAGGUGGCACAAUGCCACUGCACAUCGAGUCCUCGUCCUCCACCGUGACUGAGGGACAGACCCUGGACCUCAACUGUGUCAUCGCCAGCCCUGCGCAGGCCACUGUCACCUGGUACAAGCGCGGCGGGUCUCUGCCGGCCAGGCACCAGGUGUCCGGCUCCCGGCUGCGGCUGCUGCAGGUGACAGCGGCCGACUCGGGCGAGUACGUGUGCCGGGUGACCAGCGGGGCCACCACCAAGGAAGCCACCAUCGUGGUGACGAUCCAGCCCAGCGCGGCUGGCUCCUACCCCUCUGGUGUCACCCCCCCGGUGCGCAUCGAGUCCUCCUCCUCCUCUGUGGCUGAGGGACAGACCCUGGACCUCGACUGCAUCGUGGCCAGCCAGGGCCAGGCCACCAUCACCUGGUACAAGCGCGAGGGGUCCCUGCCCGCCAGGCACCAGGUGUCGGGCACCCGCCUGCGCAUCCCCCAGGUGUCUGCAGCCGACUCGGGCGAGUACGUGUGCCGGGUGACCACGGGUGGCGUCACUCACGAGACGUCCCUCAUCGUCACCAUCCAGACCGGCGCUGGCUCCUCUUACGCUGUGGGUGUCACCCCACCCGUGAGGAUUGAGACCUCGUCUGCUGCUGUGACCGAGGGACAGACCCUGGACCUCAACUGCAUGGUGGCCGGGCAGGGUCACCCCCACGUCACCUGGUACCGGCGGGGGGGGGCUCUGCCCCCCAACAGCCAGGUGUCAGGCACCCGCCUGCGCCUCGUCCAGGUGUCAGUGGCUGAUUCGGGCGAGUACGUGUGCCGGGUCACCCUCGGGAGCACCACGCAGGAGGCAUCUGUCAUCGUCACCAUUCCCAGCAGCGCUGGCACCUACUACUCCCCCGGUGCCUCCCAGCCUGUCCGCAUCGAGUCCUCGUCCUCUGCCAUCGCCGAGGGACAGACCCUGGACCUCAACUGCGUGGUGGCCGGGUCCGGCCCCACCACUGUCACCUGGUACAAGCGCGGUGGCUCCCUGCCCGCCGGCCACCAGGUGUCGGGCACCCGCCUGCGCAUCCCCCAGGUGUCCGCAGCCGACUCGGGCGAGUACGUGUGCCGGGUGACCACGGGUGGCGUCACGCAGGAGACAUCCCUCGUUGUCACCAUCGAUGACGGUGCCGACCCCUCUCACCCCACCGGUGUCACACCACCCAUCCGCAUCGAGUCCUCGGCGUCCUCCGUCACUGAGGGACAGACCCUGGACCUCGACUGCAUCGUGGCCGGCCAAGGCCAGGCCACCAUCACCUGGUACAAGCGCGGGGGGGCCCUGCCCGCCAAGCACCAGAUGUCGGGGUCCCGCCUGCGCCUGUCGCAGCUCUCCGUGGCCGAUUCAGGCGAGUACGUGUGCCGGGCAGACGUGGGCAGCACCUCCCGCGAGGCCACCGUCACUGUCACCGUCACCUCCCAUGACAGCUCCAGCUACCGCCUGCAGAGCCCCAUCAUCUCCAUCGACCCGCACAGCAUGGCUGUGGCCCCGGGUGAGGAUGCCACCUUCAAGUGCCGCAUCCAUGAUGGUGCCCGGCCCAUCAAUGUCACCUGGCGGAUGGGGCCCGGCCAACACCUCCAAGACAAUGUGAAGAUCAGCACCAACGGCUCCGUCAUCUCCAUCACCGGCGCCCACGCAGGCAACCAGGGCGCCUACCACUGCGUGGCCUCCAACCGCUUCGGCGUCGCCAGCAGUGUUGUCAACCUCCUGGUGCAAGGUGCCCCCACCGUGUCGGUGAUGCCCCCAGGCCCCGUGACAGUGAAGGAGGGCAAAUCCCUCAGCCUGGAGUGCCUGGGCCGGGGCGAGCCACGGCCACUGGUGCGCUGGAGCCGUCUGGGCUCACGGCAGAAGGUGGAGCACCAGACGCUGCUGCACAUGGACAGCCAGGCUGUGCUGCAGCUCUCACCGGCCAAGCCGGAGCACGCUGGGACCUACAUCUGCACGGCACAAAGCGCCCUGGGCUCGGCGCAAGCCCGUGUGGACGUCAGUGUGGAGACUGCACAGAGGCACCCCGGGGCCCCCGAGGUCACUGCGCCGCCCAGUGUCACCGUGGUGGCUGGGGACACCGCCACACUGCACUGCUCAGCCACAGGCGAGCCAGCGCCCCGGAUCGAGUGGUCGAAGCUGCGGGCGCCGCUGCCCUGGCAGCACCGGGUGGUGAACGGCAGCCUGGUCAUCCCCCGCGCCGCACAGCAGGACUCGGGCCAGUACAUCUGCAACGCCAGCAGCCCCGCUGGCUCCGCUGAGGUCUUCGUCACCCUCGAUGUGGAGACGCCGCCGUACGCCACGAGCCUGCCGGAGGAGAGCACGGUGCACGCGGGCGAUGCAGUGCAGCUGCAGUGCCUGGCCCACGGCACCCCGCCGCUGCUCUACACCUGGGACAAGCUCAACGGCAGCCUGUCACCCCGUGCCGUGCCCCGCGCCGGCCUCCUGCGCAUCAUCCCCGUGCUGCCCGCUGAUGCCGGCACCUACCGCUGCCUCGUCACCAACCGCGUGGGCACCGCCGAGACCUUCGCCCGCGUUGUUGUCCACGGUGACGGUGGCGCUGGUGGUGGCGGUCCCCUGGCCGUGCGGGUGACGCCGGCGAGCCUGGUGAAGGGGGUGGGCGGCAUGGCCGAGUUCGCCUGCACCGUCUCAGGGGACCCGCGGGCGCGCCUGGAGUGGCUGAAGGACGGCGGGGAGCUGCCCCCCAGCCACAGCGUGCGGGACGGGGUGCUGCGGAUCCCGGAGCUGGCACGGGGGGCGCAGGGGGUGUACGUGUGCCGGGCCAGCGCGCCGGGCGGGCAGGCAGAGGACAGGGCCACCCUCACCGUCCAGGCUCUGCCCAGGGCCCUGAUCAACAUCCGGACGGCAGUGCAGACAGUGCUGGCGGGCACGGCAGUGGAGCUGGAGUGCCUGGGGCUCGGUGACCCCCAGCCCCACGUCACCUGGAGCAAAGUGGGGGGCCGCAUCCGGCCGGGGGUGCUGAUUCGUGCCGGCACCCUGACCAUCGAGCGGGUGGAGAGGGCGGACGCGGGGCAGUACCGCUGCACCGCCACCAACGCCGUGGGCACCGUCCAGUCCCACGUUAUCCUCCACGUGCAGGCUGCCCCCCACAUCGCCGGGCAGCCAGAGGUGAAGGAGGUCUCAGCGGGCUCGGUGGCCGUUCUGCCCUGCUUGGCGUCCGGCUUCCCCGUGCCGGAGAUCAGCUGGAGCAAGCUGGAGGGGGAGCUGCCUGCAGGCGCACGGGUGGAGGGCACGGCGCUCACACUGCCGGCCGUGCGCCCCGAGGACGCCGGCGUCUACGCCUGUGCCGCCACCAACCGCCGCGGCCAGGAGAAGGCUUUCUACGUGCUGAAAGUCCGAGAGCACCUGGUGCCCUACUUCACGCAGACACCCCGCUCCUUCCUGCCGCUGCCCACCAUCAAGGACGCCUACAAGAUGUUUGAGAUCCAGAUCACCUUCCGGCCCGACGCCGCCGAUGGGAUGCUCCUCUACAACGGGCAGCGCAGGAGCAGCGGCGCCGACUUCAUCUCCUUCGGGCUGGUGGGAGGGCGCCCUGAGUUCCGGUUUGACGCCGGCUCGGGCAUGGCCACCAUCCGGCACCCGACGCCGCUGCGCCUGGGCGAGUACCACACCGUGCGCCUCUUCCGCAACCUCACCCGGGGCUCGCUGGUGGUGGACGGGCUCUCCCCGGUCAACGGGACCUCGCAGGGCAAGUUCCAGGGGCUGGACCUGAAUGAGGAGCUGUACCUCGGCGGGUACCCCGAUUAUGCUGCUGUGGCCAAGACGGGGCUCAGCCAAGGCUUUGUGGGCUGCGUGCGGCAGCUCCGCAUCCAGAACGAGGAGGUGGCGUUCGGGGAGCUGGACCUGCAGGCGCACGGCGUCGGCAACUGCCCCACGUGCCAGGACCAGCCCUGCCAGAACGGCGGCAUCUGCGAGGACGCCGAGAGCAGCACCUACGUCUGCCGCUGUCCCCACGGCUUCACCGGCAGCAACUGCGAGUACUCGCAGGCACUGCACUGCCACCCAGAGGCGUGCGGACCUGAUGCCACCUGCGUCAACCGGCCGGAUGGGCAGGGCUACAGCUGCCGCUGCCACCUGGGCAAGUCUGGGGAGAGGUGCACCGAAGGCGAGGCGGUGAGCGUGCCGUCCUUCGGCGGGGCGGGUGCCUUCGUGUCGUACCCCCCCCUCACCAACGUGCACCACGAGCUGCGGGUGGAGGCCGAGUUCCUGCCGCGGGCGCCCGACGGGCUGCUGCUCUUCAGCGCCGGCAAAGCCGCCCCCGUCGAGGACUUCGUCGCCCUCGCCAUGGUCGGCGGCCACCUCGAGUUCCGCUACGAGCUGGGCUCAGGCCCAGCGGUGCUGCGGAGCGCUGAGCCGGUGGCGUUGGGACGCUGGCACCGGGUGAUGGCUGAGCGGGUGCACAAGGACGGGACGCUGGUGGUGGACGGCGGCGCCCCGGUGCAGCGCUCCUCACCCGGCAAGAGCCAGGGGCUCAACCUGCGCUCCCCGCUCUACCUGGGGGGCGUGGAGCCCCCCCUGCAGCCUCCCACCAACGCCUCCUUCCAGGGCUGCAUCGGCGAGGUCUCCAUCAAUGGGAAGAAGGUGGAUUUGUCCUACAGCUUCCUGCGGAGCCGGGGCGUGGGGCAGUGCGGGCAGAGCUCGCCCUGCCUGCAUGCACCCUGCCUGCACGGGGGCCGCUGCCUGCCCCUGCCCGACGGCAGCCCCCCCUUCCGCUGCCUCUGCCCCCCCGGCUUCAGCGGGCAGCUCUGCGAGCGGGCGGAGGACCGGUGCCUGCAGCACAACCCCUGCCUGCACGGAGGCACCUGCAAGGGCAACGCCUGCAUCUGCCCUGAGGGCUACACCGGCCCCUACUGCCAGCACAGCACGGCGCUGUCAGAGCUGGACCGGGACUGGCAGGAAGGCAGCGGGGGCGGUGAUGCCCCUGGGCAGUUCAGUGCCGCUUUCCGUGACGGCUCCUACCUGGCCCUGCCCGGCCACCUCUUCCCCCGCGGCCUGCCUGACGCGCAGGAGGCGAUCGAGCUGGAGCUGCGGACGGACAGCGCCGACGGGCUGCUGCUGUGGCACGGGGCGGAGAACGGCAAAGCCAAAGACUUCGUGGGGCUCGGCUUGAAGGACGGGCACCUGGUGUUCAGCUACCAGCUGGGCAGCGGCGAGGCCGUCAUCGUCUCCGAGGACCCCGUCAACGACGGCGAGUGGCACCGGGUGACAGCAACGAGGCAGGGCCGGCGCGGGUGGCUGCAGGUGGACGGCGAGGAGCCGGUGCACGGGAAGUCACCAGGAGCCAACGUCAUGGCCAACACCCAGGGCAGCAUCUACAUCGGCGGCGCCCCGGACCCCCGCAGCCUCACGGCCGGCAAGUUCCUCACCGGAGUGACGGGCUGCGUGCGGGGGCUGCUGCUGGCGUCUGCAGGGAUCCCCCCGCACCCCAUCGACCUGCGGCACGGCGCGGUGGGGGGCUCCCCCGCUGCCCCCUGCCCCUCAUAGCCCCCCCCUGCCCCCCAGAGGCUCGGGGAGAGCGAGUUUUGUCGGAUUUAUUAUUAUUAUUAUUAUUAUUUUCCAAAAAGCCACGAGGAAACGGUGCUUCGCUGCCCCGGGAUGGCUCUGGGGGGGGCCGGGACCCCACACCAAUGUUUACACCCCCCCCUCGCCCCAAGCCGUGCUGGGGCGGCCGGGCCGCCCGGGUGCCUCCUGGGGUGGCACCGGGGUGGGGGGCGCAAGGGACAAUCCUGGGCGCUGGAGGGGGCACUGGGCCCCCCCCAGCCCCCCCGCGCUGGGACACCCAUUAAAGGAGAGAGAACCAGU